AUGGCAUAUCAUCGUCCGCCGCAAUACGACGGAGAAGAUGAUCCGGUUCGCUUCGAGAAUUGGCUCGCAGAGAUGGAGAAACUUUUAGAGGUCAUUAACUGUCUAGCGCACCUAAAAGUAAAGCUGGCUUCCUUCUACCUAUCUGGUUCAGCAGAGUUAUGGUGGCGUUCUAUCAAGGCCACUAUGACUGAUACUUUUUGGGAUGAUUUCCUUAUAACUCUUCGUCAACAAUUCUAUCCGCCAUCACUCCAACGGAAAAAGGAGAAUGAGUUCUUACAUCUUCGUCAUGGUCUUAUGACCGUGAUUGAGUACAGUUGUAAGUUCAAUGAGCUGUCUCGAUUUGCUUCUGACAUUGUAAGCAAAGAAAGUGUUCGUGCAUCCCGCUUCUUCGAGGGUCUUAGUCUUAAGAUCCAAAAGGGGAUUGGGAAGUAUUCUGACUUCCGAGAUCUCUACGACCGAGCGCUUAAGUAUGAGAGGAUCCUUGACAAGGAGGACAACACCAACAAAAGAAAACUUGGUGGAGGAAACAACAACGGGAACAAGAGGCCAACCAAUUGGGAUCGCAAGAGGGUCAUGUUUCCACUAACUGCCGAGAAGGGAUCCAGUUGGGAGCUAGUAGUACUGGUAAUUAUGGAGCUCCUAGUUCUUCGGGAAAUGUUCAGAGUAUUGCAGCUAGGAAGACUGUCGGAGCUGACCGAUCUUUUAUCUCUACUUCUUUCCUUCAUGAAUCCUCUAUCUUGUAUUGCUUAUAGGGAGAUUAAUAAGAUCACCAUUAAGAACCGUUACCCUUUGCCCGGGAUAGAUGAUUUGUUUGAUCAGCUAAGAGGCGCUCAGGUGUUCUCGAAGAUUGAUUUAACGUCUGGAUAUCAUCAAUUGAGGAUAGCCAAGGAGGAUAUUUCUAAAACAGCAUUUCGGACUCGAUAUGGACAUUAUGAGUUUUUGGUAAUGCCAUUUGGGUUAACAAAUGCACCUGCAGCAUUUAUGGAUUUGAUGCAGAGGUAUCUUCGUCCUUAUUUGGAUAAAUUCGUGGUUGUUUUUAUCGAUGAUAUUUUGGUAUAUUCAAGGAGUAGGGAAGAACAUGAAGAACACUUGAGAAUGAUUCUAGAGCUUUUGAGAAAAGAGAAAUUGUAUGGGAAGUUUAGUAAGUGUGAGUUUUGGCUUGAGGAAAUUUCUAUUCUAGGUCAUAUGGUGUCUAAGGGUGGAAUUUCUGUAGAUCCUGAGAAGAUUAAUGCAAUAACGGACUGGCCGAUUCCUAGAAAUGUGACUGAAGUUCGGAGCAUUUUAGGAUUAGCUGGUGGUAUUCCAAAAUUUGGAUCAGUCGCUUACUCUUACUCCAUGAGGCAACCUUCCCGGUAUAUUUAG